CUGUAGUUAAUCCACUUUUCUCCAUCGUAACCUCAAACCCGUCUCUCUCUUUACGUUUGUUUCCCGAGAAAAAAAAAAAAAGAUAACUAAACAAAAAUUUCCAAGCAUGUCGUUACUCAGCCAGACCCUCCUUCUCCGAGCUUCAAAUUACCUCCCUCCACGAAACCCUAUUUCCCCAAUCUUCACCUCCAAAACCAACUCCCUUGCCCUCUCUCUCCCCAUUAAACCCUCAAACCCCAACCAAAAACACCCCAAGUUUACCCUUUUAGCUUCCGUCUCUCCUUCCCGAACGAUACCCUGCAGACCACCCCAAAUCCCGGCUCAGUCCCGACUCAGCGAUUCAACUCGAACCCUCAAAACCCUUUUCUCCAUAGCCCUCUCCGCCACCAUUAUCUUCACCAAGAUGGUCCAAAAUUUUGCUCUCAAAACAAUCUCCCAGAACCCUAACGCUUUUUCCACUGUGGGACCGCUCUUCUUCGCUUCCUUAAAGGACCGCCCGAGCGGAUACCUGAACACGCCGUUGACGGUGGUGGCCGCGGGUUUAGCAAAGUGGCUUGAUAUAUACAGUGGGGUUUUGAUGGUUAGGGUUUUACUCAGUUGGUUCCCUAACAUCCCUUGGGACAGGCAGCCACUUUCAGCUAUUAGGGAUCUUUGUGAUCCUUAUUUGAAUCUGUUUAGGAAUAUAAUUCCGCCCAUUUUCGAUACCUUGGAUGUUAGUCCACUUCUGGCUUUUGCGGUGUUGGGGACUCUCGGGUCGAUUCUGAAUAACAGCAGAGGAAUGUAUUGAUUCCUUGUGCCACAAGGAGAGUGAGUAAGAAAUGAUAAUUCAAGCUAAAUACAUUUGGUUUCGCACUACUGAAACAUGUAAUUCUUUAGCUGCUGAAUUGAUCACUGCCCUGCUAAGGAGCUGCUGCCAAAUACUUUUAGUCCACUGCUAUGGGAUCUUUCAAAAGUGUAUCCAAUAUCAAGGCUUGGAAUGUAGUUCUUUAAUUUUGUUGAAUACUGGUAGGACUUCUCAUUGUUGAGCAAUCUUAAUCUUCUUCUCCUGAAGGAACAAUUAGCCUAAUUAGGUGGAACCUUCAGUCAGCAGGGUUAAGCAUUAGGUUCAGACAGCAAGGUUAAGCGUUAGGUUGACAAUUAUAUUGAACAAAAACUUGCUUUGAUGAAAAAUAAUGUGGAUGUGCGGAAGAUACUGAGGAUUUGUACUAGUUAUGUUGUCCGUACAAACGGAACAGACACUGGUGAAUUAAAAGAUUACUAAUCCUUUCAAA